AAACCCUAGAAAGAUCAUGUCUUCCGACCACCACAAUAAUCAUCUAUUUCUUGACGUAUCGAACGAGGCUCCUUUAUGUGGACAGCGAAAGCGUACAGGCAUUGUUGGUAGCAUUUUUUACUGCCUACUUUUGGCAAGUUAUGCUGCAUUGUCUGUAGGAGCUCCAUGGAUCUUCAGGUUCAAGCAACACUUGAUAUCACAGUGGCUCUGUACCUCUGAUGUUGUUCUUUUGGCAGUCACAGGCGUCUUCCAGCAAUACAUGGUUUACCAAGUCAAGAAAAUAAGAUUACAGGGUUACUAUAUUUUUAGUCAAAAGUUGAAGCAUGUUAUUCGUCUGCCAUUUGCCACUAUUACAUAUGGUACUGCUGCGAUUCUACUUGUCAUGGUUUGGGAACCCCAUAUAAGUAUUCUUCCAAUUGUUAUGUUACUCAGGAUAAUCAUGGUGGCUGAAGUUAUCUUCGCUGGCUCUUUCAUGAGUGUCUAUAUUGGUAAUGUUCACCAGUACAAUUCAUUGGAAUCCCAUCCAGAUGUUUUAAAAUCACUGUAUUCUCCCCUACAACCAUCAAGCUCCUUAGAAGGGUUGAGUUAUUAUGAUGGUGGUCGACUCUCUGAUCAACAAAUGGCUUUGCUACAGUAUCAGCAAGAAAACCUUAACUUUCUGAGUGAAGAGAUUAUGAGAUUACAAGAAUGCUUAAGCAAAUAUGAAAGAUCUGAUGACGGUAUGACACCUCAGGUCGAUCUUGCUCAUCUAUUAGCAGCUCGUGAUCAGGAACUACGAACACUUUCAGCGGAGAUGAAUGAAUUGCAAAGUGAGCUAAAACUUGCAAGAUGUGUGAUUGGUGAAAAAGAAAGUGAAAUGGAGCGAGUAAAUAUGACCAACAAUCAGUAUGUGGAGGAGAAUGAAAGGGUGCGAGGAAUACUAGGAGAAUGGAGCAGCAGAGCAGCAAAGCUUGAACGAGCAUUGGAGGUGGAACGGAUGUCAAACAUGGAGUUGCAAAAGAGGAUGAAAAAGACCACCACUUCCACUUCCACUUCCACUUGACUUUCUACUCUUUUACAAAACAACAAUAAUACAUGGUUAGGUUAGGAGUAAAUACUGAGAUUCUAUUUCUUUUAACUAUACUUUAACUAGACA